AUGAAAGUGCCCAGGCUACUACUACCGACUACGGAAGCUGAGAACUUCUUCAGCCCAAGAGAGGAACCGCACUAUGAAGAGACGAGGGAUGUCUUUACCAUCACACUGGAGACCUCACCACCCACUCCCGGUUUCGGCAAGGACAAACAUCACCCGCAAAUAGACAACAUGACCUUACGCUUAGAUACCAUACAGCAGGUAGAACAAGCACAACUCGCUUGCCCUUAUUGUGGGGCUACUAGAACGACAAAGCAAGCCAUGCGCGCACACUAUUCUACUGCACACCAAGGACUUUACCGACCACCUGCCGACGACCCAUGUUUUUGUGUAGCCUGCAGGAGAGUGAUGGCCAAGUCUUACUAUCGUGACCACCGAUGUAGAAAGCCGAAGCAGGAAGAGUACAGUGAGGCAGUUUGUGUUGGGUGUGGGAUUACACUCGCCAACCCACGAUUAUCCGCCCACCUAAUACACUGUGUCAAGUACGAAGGACAACUAGUUCCGCUGAAACAGAACACUGGAGCCUUUGAAUUUGCGAAGAAGAUCCGAGACAUGCUAAGACCAGCAUUACCGAAGUCGGAAACAGCCCAGCAGCAAACGGCGACGACUACUGCCUCUGCGGAGCGCAUUCUGACACAAGCAAGGAACAGCCUGCGUCCGCAUACACCAAGAGGGAGGCAAUCAACACCCGAAGCGGAGCAUGAGAUAAGGACCAACAGAGACCUAAAUGGGCAGGUCGAAAAGAUGAGGAAAGAUACGGAAAAAAAGAUCAGGAAAGACCAAUCAACCUGUAGCAGAUGCAAUAAGGAACUUAAGUCUUCACAAGCUCUAAGACGACACGACGCUCUAUACCACCCAGGCACGGAACGACCAAAAGGCCUUCCGGUGUUCUGCAUUGGAUGUAACACGCCCUUUAAGACCGCUGCUACAUACGUGAAGCACAAGUGUUCAGGAACGAUGGACCAGGAACUGGCAACCAAACGAUGCCACAUAUGCAAUAAAGAUGGGCUAGCUAACCCGGAAUACUCCGCGCAUAUCCUUGCCCAUCAGAUCACCAUCGACAACCCGGAGAUUGCAGAAAAAGAACUUUACGAUCCGAAGUAA